GCCGUUUACAUCGGUAAACGAUCGCUAAUCGAUCGCGACGGAUCCGUGUACAUGCGAAUACGAGGCGAUACGGAUUGGCCUGUCGCGGUUCGCUGUUGAUUCUAUUUGCGUCGACGCGCGGAUCGGCUGACGACCCGUCGCGGCGCGUCGAUCGGUGGCUCUGUGUGUACCAGCGAAAUGGUACCCUAGAAGAGAGAUCCGGUAGCCGAGAAACACAAAGGAAUCCGGUGCGAAGCGGCGAACGAGCGGAACGAAGACGAGACGAGGCGAGAGACGAAAGAGCUUAAAGUUUUCACGUUAUCGGCGCACGUCUAAGCAACUGAUAAAAGUCCGUGUUCCUACGGAUAGAUAACGGUCGGAAUGGCCCGUAUAAAGAGUCACAUAGAUAGAGGCAGAUAAAGCACGGUCCACAGAACAGCGGCGGCAUGGCCGGGCAGCACUACUGCCUGCGCUGGAACAACUACCAGUCAAACAUGACGUCCGUUUUCCACCAACUUCUGCAGACCGAAGCGUUCGUCGACGUUACGCUGGCCUGCAACGAAGCUUCCCUGAAAGCGCACAAGGUGGUACUAUCGGCGUGCAGUUCCUAUUUCCAGAAGCUUCUGCUUUCGAAUCCCUGCAAGCACCCGACCAUCAUCAUGCCGCAGGACGUCUGUUUCAACGAUCUCAAGUUCAUUAUAGAGUUCGUCUACAGGGGUGAGAUCGACGUCUCACAAGCAGAAUUACAG